UUGAUGCGACCGGUGCACGGCGCGAAACCGUGGCCACUCCUCGGCACAGGGGUUGAUUCCUCCGGACACGCGGACCUUUCCCGGCCGGGGGUGACUUUUCAAAUCUAAUUAUUCGAUUCGAGUGCUCGUGUUAACGGAAAAUCAAGUUGUCCGAGUUAGUGCUCGGUCUUGCGACGACACUCUCGACGCAGUGCAGUGUACUUGAUUUGUGUCAAUCCUUCUGACAAUCUUUUGCAUUGAUUUUUACAUAUUUUUUCUACAUUAUCAUCGAUGUCCUCGUGAUCAUCGAGUAAAUUCGAUAUUUAUCUUUUCUCUUCAAUUAUAAGACUGUGCGCUUCUUUCAAAACUUUCCCUUCUUGACACAUUGAAGAAUGGCGGGUAAUAGCGUUCCGGUCUUAUUGGUCACUGCAAAUGUUGGCAGUAUUUUCGAGGAGCCUAGCGUGAUGUUAAAAAUUUGGACGGAAGAAUUUUUAUCUACUAUACUGAGGUUGGAUCCAAAAUUUAUUGCACUGCACUGCCAAGAAGUAGGUGGAAAAAAUUAUGAGCACAGUACCAGACAAGUGGAAGAUUUUGUUAGAUUAUUAAUGUCUUCCGAAGAAUUAAGGCUGUUUGAUAAAAUUAGAGUAUUCUUAGAUGAAGAUUAUUCAUCUGCUGAACAUUUUACGGCACUUGGAAAUUUUUAUUUUGUGCAUGAAUCUUUGAAAAACGUUUUAUUAUGGGAUUUCCAAGAAUGUACUUUUAUAUCCGUAAAUGGAAAGGAAGUUCAUUCUGGUAACAUAGAAGCAGUCACAACCAAAGAAAAAGCUAAGUUUCCUCAGGAAUUCUUUCCAGAAUGUAAAUGGUCUAGAAAAGGAUUUUUAAGGACACGAUGGAGUAUUAGUGGAACAGUUUUUGAUCUCAUAAAUAUACAUUUAUUUCAUGAUGCCAGUAAUUUUAUUGCUAUGGAAACAUUUCCAUCCGUAUAUAGUAAGACGCGUAGAAGAGCACUCGAGCAUACAUUAGAUAGGUUUCAUAAUGAUAAAUAUUCAAAUGUACCAUAUUUUUUAUUUGGAGACUUUAAUUUUAGGACAGAUACAGCCGGUGUAAUUAAAAAACUUACGGAAGAUACUCAAGAGAGAAGAUUAUCAAACAAAGGAAGCAUUUCAAAGCUACAAUUUCAUAAUAAAGACGAUGAUCUCAUAUUAACAUUAGGAAAAAAAGAAUUUUCUCAUUAUGAGCAUCAGAAUGUUUUUGUGAAAAAUAAUGGACAAUGGCUACGUGAAUAUGAUAGAGAGCUGGAAGACUUUGAUGGAAGAUUAUUUGAAUUUCCGAUUAAAUUUGUACCCAGUUAUCCAUUUGAAGAAGAUAUCAAUGAAGGUUCAAAUUAUAUGCAAACAAGAGUACCGGCUUGGUGUGACCGUAUUCUAUUGAAUCCUACCGCUAAAAUGCUAGUCCAAGAUAUAUCAUCACCUGAUACUGUAGAAUAUGGAAUAAUAGGUCCAACAAUUUGUAUGGGCGAUCAUAAGCCAGUCUAUUUGAGGGCUAAUCUCAUCGUGGACGAAGGUAUGAUAAACUGCUGCAGCUUGCCGAGUGCACCUGAGUUUUGCUUUCGAGUGCCAAACAAUUACGUGGAAUUGUUAUCCAUGUUGCCUGAUUACAGUAGUUGCGUUAGCGGACGAGUCAAUUACACGGAUCGUUCAACUAAUCUGUUGCACGCAGCACCCAUUAAGCAUGAUCCUUAUACCCCGGAUAGUAUGGACAGUCCGAGUCCAAAUGCUAUAAUAAUACCUUCGAGUGAUGCUCCAGAUAUAGACAUAGAUAUGAACAAUACAUCUAUGUCACAUUUUGCACAGACAUCGAAUAUCAGACGCUUGGACAGAGCUGUGUCACCAGCUCUCUUGAAAUCCAAAUUAGAACUAAUUGUUCGGAGUAAAGGACAGGAGACGGAUAUAGAUCAAGAUACGAUCGAUAUUAAAAAAAGUCCUAGUGAUUAUUGUUUACAUUCGUGGUCCAAUUCCGAAGAACAACAAUGGACUGCAAGAACGAAUAGAUGUAAUAGCGAUGUAUCUUGGCAAAGAUCUCAUCUGUUAACUGAAGCUUGGAUUCAAGGUAAAGGACAACAAGGAUAUCAUUCUUUUGGAGAUUUUAUCAAUCGAUCGUCCUUAGAUUCAACUCCACCAAAUGGUGAGGGUUUGCCUUCAGAUUUAAUUAUACCAAGAAUAUCAAUUAUAAAUGCUAGCAAUUUUGAAUCAAACGAGAGUUCUGUAUACUUACAUGACGAUAAAUAUAGUAAUUAUUCAGAUAAGAAACUGAGCACUUAUUCAGACGACCGAACAAAGAGCUUGAGUGGUGAAGCAUUUAGUUCAGAAAAGUCGGAUGAACUUUGUGACAAAACAGAUGACGAGAGCAACAGACUGAAUUUGAAUACGAAAAAAAUAGGAAUCAAUGAAAACUUAUAUUUGCAAAAUAUAAGUGAGCUUAUAACAAAACAAGACAAAGAUUCUUGUACAAUGAUAGUUAGUACAAAUCUCUUUCAAACGGAAAAUAAAUUGAGUAAAAUGAACGAAGAAAGAAUGUUUGAAGAUAGAGAGAAACGUUUAAAUGAAAUUAUAGAUACUUUACAAAAUAUAGAAGAUAAUAAUAGCAAAAAUCAGUAUGCAUUUGAAAAAAAUGAUGCACUGGUCGAUAAUAUUAGUAUUAAAAAUAAAACUAUAAUUUCAGAGACAACAUUAGAAAAUGAACAAACUCCUGAAGUAUUAAAAGAAACAAGUCAUCUUGGAAUAAAUAGAAUGAAAGUUAAAAAAAUCUUUGUCUCAAAAAUAAAGAAAGAAAUAAAAUUGGAGCAAAAUAAAUGUAAUGAAACAAAUGUAUGUAUAAAUGUAAAAGAUAUUGAUGCAGGAAUUAAACAAGCUGAAAUAUUAAGAUUUGAUAGCAAAAAUGAAAUAAUAGGUUCACAACAAGUUACAAGAAGCAAUUCUGUACAAAGUCAAAACGAUAAUACAGAGGACAUUAAGUUAAAAGCAUAUAAAUCUGAUGCAGAAAGUUGCAAGGAUAAUAUCAUUAGAAAAGAAAACGUGAUGAACGAGAAGUCCGAAUCUGGUACGAUGUCCAAUUUGAGCAGUCGUGAAAUAUUCAACAAUAUCAAUGACAACCAUGGCAACAACAAUAACAACGGCACGACAACCAUUACAAGAUAUAUUCAUAUUAAACAUGCAGAUUCGUCGGUUAAAAUAUUCCGAGAAACAACCGUUUGAUAAUUCAUAUAGAUUUUCCUUACAGACAACUAUUUCAUGUUAUGUGGGAAAAUAUUUCGUGAAGUUAUGGUUAUGAAAUUGCGAUACAACUAAUCUUCGCACAGAUUUAACCACAUCGUUUUUAAAAUAUAUUGAUAAUUGAAUAUCAUUAUUUAAUUCGAAUACUUCGAUUAUCGAUUUUAAUAUAUCGAUUAUACUGAAAGAAUAAUCGUAAAUCAUUAGGUGAACUCGCGUAUAAAUGAACUUACGUGAUUCACUAAAUUGAAUACGAAAUAAUGUAAUACAAUUACAAAAUAUUUCGCUUAUAACGGAUGAUCGACGAAUAUCCGUGCAUAUCGUCAGUAUGAACUGUUUUUCGCGCGUGUAUAUGAAAGCUUUGGGUAAGUUUACAUGAAACUCAAAAUACACUAUUAAUGAUCCAUAAUUCAAAGUACGUCCUAUUGAACUAUACGAUAGAGAUGUUAGCAUGGAAAAAAGAUGAAACUUUUUCGAGAAUUGUUAUUGAGAUGAAACAUAUAUCACAUGUGCAAUUAUCAUAUUUCAUUUGUUAAGUGUUUUGGUGUUCCUACGCUACAUUCUUUCGAAUAGUUCUUCCUUUAAGAUCUUGUAAAGAUAUUUGCAUAAUUUGAUGAUGACAAAGAUUCACGAUAGAGAAAACGUUUUCAUGAGAGAUCGUUUGUUGUGAUAUUACCGUGGUACCUCAUUUUGUUGAAAAUCGCGAAAGCUGAAAGAAUAGUAUUGCGCUACGAUUGCUGCCAAUAUCGGUUCCAUUUCACCUUUUGCGAUGUGAUUCAAUUAUAAUCGAUGUGUUAUAUUUUUGAAUUUCGUUGCAAAAAGUUAAUGAGAAUCAUUUGCAAAAGAAUGAUUACGUAUGAAGUAAAAAAGUAGAAAAUAAUCCGUUUCUAAUUCUAAAAACCUCGUGCGUAAUAAUUCUGUUGCAAUUUUGUAAUAUGCACGUCAUUUUCUAUUUCUACAUUAUGUCGAGUUCCAUUAAUGAAAAGAUUCCUCUUAUC